AUGGCUACACUCAAUAUCGACUCCGCGAACGAAAUAAAAGCAGAAUCCGAGAACUGGGUACCGCUCGAGGCUAAUGCAGACGUAUUCAAUGACUGGGCACAUAAGCUUGGAUUAGCAGAAUGCGAACAAUUCGUCGACGUGUUUGGCUUAGACGAUGAUUUACUCUCUAUGGUACCACAGCCUGUUAAAGCUUUGUUGCUCCUCUUUCCAGUAUCAAAGAACUACGAAAAUGAACGUCACGCUCAGGCAGCAGAUAUAGCCCGUAAUGGACAGGCUGAACUCGACAAUACUCUCGUAUUUUUCCCUCAGAAAGUACCAAAUGCUUGUGGUACGAUGGCGUUAUUGCACGCAAUGGCUAACAGUCCGGUUACUGUCGCCCCUGGAUCAGAUUUGGCGAGAUUGUUCGAGAAUGCUGCAAAUCAAAACAGUGAAGAGCGUGCACAGGCUGUCGUAGAUGCAUCGUUUUUGCGUACGGCUCACGCAUCGUCUGCACAAGCUGGUCAGACUGAGGCACCGAACGCUAAUGAUGACGUCGAUUUGCAUUUCGUCACUUUCGUACUAGCACCAGCUGCUGUUAGUGAGGGUACACGUCUCAUUGAACUCGAUGGACGCAAAGUCAGCCCGAUUGACCAUGGUUCUAGCCAAGAUCUAUUAAAGGAUGCAUCUGCAGUCGUCAAAGAGAAAUUCAUGAAGCACGACCCUGGUAAUAUCAAUUUCGCUCUCAUUGCACUUACAACACAAGAAGACUACUAACGAAGAUCAAACAAUGCAUUAUUUUUUACUCAU